AUGAAAGUACUUUAUAUAUAGUAAAAAAAUAAUAAGAAUUUAAUAAUAAUAUAAAAUGUUUUGCCUUACUUUUAAAUAAAUAUAUAAGUGCUAAACAUAACAUUGUUGAGUAUCUAAAAUAACUCCCCUGUCAUUUUGGAUUGAGUGGCACCAAUACCUUUUGCAUAGCAGCUGUGGAGAUCAGCAUGGUCAAAUAAACUGUCCGAACCAUUAGUUUAAAAAGCCAAAGCCAUCCUGACAUCCCCAAGCCCUUGUCAUUUAUUUUUCCAUGUGAUUCUCAACUGAAAUUUAGCAGGCGGGUUUGAUGUGGAUCUGUAGUGGCUUCCGUAUAGAAAUUUUAAUCAGCUGAUUAAGUGGGUACUAAAACUUGGUUUUGGCACCAGUAUCAAACUGGUGCCAAAUUUGAUGAAUACCUAUCUGAUGAAUACUGGGCCAAUGUGACCGCCAUGGUGGCCCAAACUGAAAUAUGAAGGUAAGCAUGGUACAAAAAAAUGCAUUCUCAAAAUGUGAACAUCAGUUUAUUAUUUGUGUAAGUUGUAAAAUCACCACAACAAACUUAUCAGCUAAAGUGAAAAACCUAAAGGUCAACUCAGUAAGAGCCCUGAACUCCACAGCAUAAAAAGACAUAUUCUACCGAGCCUAAUGUUCAGCCUUGCUAUAUGUCCACCCUCUCUGAUUUUGAAUGUGUGUAACUUACUUCAAGCUCUUUGCAAACAGCUGGUAAACUAAGUCAGUGGGAGGUAAGGGGAGCCUAGCUGUGAAGCUAUCAUCAUUGCUGCUGACUUGCAGGAUAGAUGCUGACCCUCAGAUGACUGGUGCCAAACUCCGCCCGUAAGGAUGUCUUUCCCAGUUAUUCAAGACCCUGAGCUAGUAUGUCUCUGUGGCAUCUCUUGGACCUGGCCUGCUUGGAGUGAGAACGCAAUAUGUCUAAAAGGACAAAGGCUGGAAAAAGAAGAGUAAGGAAAAGUCAAGUUAGACUUUGUUCAAUGCAUUGUCCCUCUGAUGGACACAUUGCAAGUAACCCUGACAAUGUGAAGACCUUCUCUACAUUUAGCAGUGUGUGUGUCGGUGAAGACUUGUUUGCUGACAGGAGUGACAAUGGAGUUCUUUAUCUGAAUCCUCAAACACCAAACUGGUCUCUUGUUGAGAGCUUUGCUGAGCUAUCACCAGCAGAAGAGGUGGAAAUACCUGUGAAGCAAGUCCACACCGGAGCCAUGUCACCUUGUUCCAAACAUGCUGAGACCAAAAAAAUGUGUGACUAUAAUGGGUCGUCAGAUGCUUUAAAGGCGAAGGAAAUCAACUCGGUCCAACACUUGACGAGUCAGAAACAGGACUCAGACCAACAGAGGACAGCUAAACUCGAAGCACUAAAUGCUGAGGAAUGUUCUCCAAAUGAGGAUGGAAAAUGGACCAAAGAGAGACUCUCAGCAAAUAAUUUACCUAAAAAAUGUAAAGACAACAAAGGCUUACGACUUUUGGCUGCAAUGAAAAGACGGAGUGCAGUGGACACUAAGGACCGUCCCUUUAAAUGCACACACUGCCACUGGGCUUUCAAGAAACUCUGCAACCUCCAGAGCCAUUUACAAACGCACUCUGGUCUCAAGCCACAUGUGUGUGAUAUAUGUGGCAAGGCUUACUCACAUCAGGGCACGCUGCAGCAGCACAAGCGUCUGCACACUGGGGAAAGACCACAUCACUGUCCCUUCUGUGACAAAACAUACAUCUGGUCCUCAGAUUACCGCAAGCACAUCCGCACACACACAGGCGAGAAGCCAUACGUCUGUGAAACCUGCGGCAAGAAUUUUAUCCGCUCCUCUGACUUGCGGAAGCACGAGCGAAACAUGCACACCAACGACAAGCCUUUCCCAUGUACGCAUUGUGGCAAGACCUUCAACAAACCUCUCUCACUUAAGCGCCACGAGCGGAAGCACCUUGGUGAAAGGCCCUUCUCCUGCCCAGACUGUGGGAAAACAUUCUCUCUAGCCAGCCGCAUGGCUGAGCACCAGAAGGUCCACAUGGGAGUACGGCCGUUUGUUUGUUCUGUGUGCUCUAAGUGUUUCACAAAAUCCUCCAAUCUGACAGAACACAAAGCCAUUCACAGUGGAGUACGGCCUCAUAAAUGUGGAGAGUGCGGUGUGGCAUUUGCCAUGGCUUCCCGUCUGGUUCGUCACCAGUUCAUUCACAGCAACCAGAAGCCAUACAGCUGCACGGGCUGCAGCAAGAACUUCAACCACGUCACACAGCUGAAACUUCACCAGGAGCAAACUUGUGCCGGGAGGAUCUUCGUCUGUGUAGAGUGUGACAAAUCUUUCCAGUGUGCCACAAAACUUGCACAGCAUGUGGUGGAACACACAGAGAAAAAACUGUGACCCUCAUGAACAGAUGGUAUUUUUCAUGUUUAACUCCUAUGUCAGAUAUCUUUACUUAGCACUGGCUAAUCUUAGUAGAGUAUUGAAAGAUUUUAUUUAGUUUAAAGUUUACUUCUAUGUAGACACUGGACCUGCUUAUGGGCAGAAGACACCACAUUAUCUCCUGCAGAGCCCUGAAACAACCAUGGCCUGAAUUCACUUUAACAAGUCCUCAGAGACCCCAAAAUGCUUUACACUACAAUCAGUCAUCCACCCAUUCACAUACUGACAAAGGUGAGCUACAUUGUACCACCAUCAGCAGGCAAGUAGGGUGAAAAAUCUUGCCCAAGGACACAAUGACUGAGACGGACACAGCAGGGGCUUCAAACCAACAACCCAACCGUUACAGGACAAACUCCUACCACAGUCACAGCCGUCUAUGUCACUAUGUCACUCUAUGCCCUGGAAUUGCUAUGAAGGGACUGGCAAUGUCCACAGCAUCUUAAUUGGAUUAAAGUCCAGACUUUGACUGGACCUCUCCACAUUUGUUUAGUAUUUUGUUAGCAACUCAGUGGUGGACUUUCAAAAUCCAAGUGUACUAGAACUUUAGGUCCUGACCUGAUGGCUGGACAUUCCCCUUCAGGAUUUUUAGGUACAGAGCCAAAUUCAUGGUUCAGUCAAUUCCAGCAGGUUGUCUAAGACCUAAAGCACAAAUGCAGAACUUCUUAUAAAGCUCCACUUUUGUCUUUUAGAGUUCAAAGAAUAUGUUUCCAAAGGUCUUGGGGAUUAUGUUCUUUGGCAAAUGUCAGAAGGACAUUUUAAGUCAGCAACUCUUUUCAUCCAACUCUUACAACUGAAAUAAAUGGAACAGAAAUAAAAGGAAAAUGCAGUUAAUUCACCAUUUUAGAAAGAAGAUCAGUUUUCCACAUAGGACCAGGGUGAUUUGGAUAUCCUUUUUCCCUUAAUAAAUGAAAUCAUUUGAAAACUGCUUUUUGUAUUUACUGGGGUUAAUCUUGUUUGAUAAUCUGAAACAAUUAUGUUGACAUUUGGAAAAGAAUUUAAGGGCACAUACUUUUUCCCAGCACUGUAUUUGUGAAUACACUGUUUGUAUUUAUAAUUACAGUUAGCUACAAGUUAAACCCACACACAAUCUUUCCCCAUGGAGCUGGGUUCCCAUGAGAAUAUCGAAGGCUAAAAAUGUCCACCAACACAGCUUUGAUAUUAGAGCCCACAGUGAUGUGAAACCGGUUACAGACCUGUUAGGCUGUUAAAGGGUGUAUCCAAAUGUAACUGAUAAUACACACAACGUUGCCUCUUUGCAUUUUGGCUCACUAAUAAAGUAGCACCAGCUUUCAAUAAUUUGUACUUGCUUGAGCGUGGUAUCAUUUCCCCCUCUUGUAUCUAAAGAUAUACAGAUUUUACCUAGAUUUCUGUACUUCAAAAUCUGGGUAAAAAACAUAAUUUGGUUUUUAACCAGUGAGCUACUCACAUUUACUGGGAAGUGUGGGGCUUUCAGGGAUACAACCCCUCUUGUGGUAGGAGGGUACUGCAAUUUACCAGAAACUCUAAUUAAGCAGGAGCAAAGAACACUGCGUUUAUUUUUCAUAAGCUGAGACACUAACAUGGUGUUAACUGUUCACCUAAUAUGAAGGUGGAAAGAAAUGAACAUAAAAUAAAAGCUAGCAUUAGCAGAGCAGCACAGCUAGCCAUAUACCAAGAACAGUAACACUUUAAAAUACGUUUUAGACAUUGCUUCUAAAGCAUUGUAGUGACAUUUGUUAUUAUUUACCAGUUUUUUGGCAUGUCAAAGCAAUUUGGACAAAUUACUAUUGCAGUAAAUGUGCUCAGCAGGUUUAAGUACCAGUGCUGAUAAAAUGUUACUUAAAAAUUGCUGAUCAGCCAUGAUGCUUAAAAACCUCUCCUUCAAUGAGACAUAUACCAGUGCUGGAUGGACCACUAUAUGAGCAAAAGGUCUACAUACCCUUGUAAAAAACGUUUGUAGAAUGUCAUCAAGCAUCUAACAGACAACUCCAGUUCAGAUGGCACAGACAAGAGGGUUCAUCCAUUUUUGUAUUUAUCUGUCAGUGUAUAUUUUUCAAGUUAGUACUUUAACUUCAUACAUAUUUUACUGUGCUUUUUUUUAUUAAGAGAUGUUUUUGCCAGCUCAAUUACAUUUCAAACAUUUUACAGGCAGCAAUAAAAAUAGCAAGAUUUAUUCAGUGAUAAAAUAUGGGAACCUCAAUGUUGCAAUUCAGCCAUGUUGAUGUUGCAAAUGUACAAUAAAAAGCUCAGCACCA